AAUAUAAUCUUUUCUUAGAAUUCUCUAUCUUUCAUAAUCCUUUCACCACGAGAGUUAAUGGUUCAAAUGUUGUUUUUAAGAACUCCUGUAGUAUUGCAUAAAUUAGGAACUAGAUCCGGACUUCUUUGACUCGAAAAUCUUCCUCCAAUUGAUUCGAAACCCUUUAUAUCAACGAACAAGAACCCUAAAUUUUUUCACUCGAGUUCACAACUGAAGUCUGAGUUCCAUUUGGUGAAGGAAAGAUGUCGACGCCACCGAAUUCAUCUGCAUCUUCUUCUUCCCAAUUCACUUAUUCUAACAACAAUGGUUCCUAUUUUCCGAUGCCCUUCCACCUUCAACAACCUCAGACCUAUCCUACGGCUCCUCCUCCUCCUCCGCCUGCAGUGGUUCAAUACCCCGCUCCACCAUCCGGUUACCCUGCUCCGUCUACUUCUGUCCCUGGAGUCUACUUUCCUCAGUUCCAGCAGGCACAGCAGUUAUUUCAAAGGGAUGCACAGACAAUUACACCUGAAGCUCUAGAAAGUGUGAAGGCUGCGCUUGCAAGCAGUGAAGUAGAGCAUAAAGCAGAGGUAAAAAAGAAAGCAAUACCUCGUAAAGCAGCUGGUCUAGCUUGGGAGGAUCCAACACUGGCAGAGUGGCCAGAAAAUGAUUAUCGGCUAUUUUGUGGGGAUCUCGGGAAUGAGGUUAAUGAUGAUGUUCUUUCAAAAGCUUUCUCACGAUUUCCUACAUUCAACAUGGCUAAGGUUGUCCGAGAUAAGCGAACAGGCAAGACUAAAGGCUACGGAUUUGUUAGUUUUUCCAACCCAACUGAUCUUGCUGCUGCUCUUAAAGAAAUGAACGGAAAAUAUGUGGGUAAUCGGCCGAUCAAACUACGCAAGAGCAACUGGAAAGAGAGAACGGAUGUGGAGGCCUUGGAGAGACAAAAGAAACAUACACAGAGAAAAACAAAACUGCCCAAAAAGAGUGUGUUGCACAAGUGAAGCGACUGAGGAAAACAAACGAACAUAUAUGCCUUGCUAUUCUCUCUUCUCCUAAACCUUUUGUAUUGCAUCAAGAGUCUUAUACAUAUAUUGCUUUUUUUUUUUUUUUGCCUCAAAGUGUAAGGAUUAAAUUUAUAGAUUGUUCAUGCAUUAAGUCUGUUAAUGAAAGAAUUGCGGAAGGUUUUAGGAUUUUAA